AUGGAUCAGCAAUCUCCAGAUAUUAAGGAAUUGUUAUUACUUUAUAAUAAUGCUAUCUAAAUCAAAAAGAGAGCUGAAAAGAAAUUAAUACGUUUCACUAAUUGCCUUUCAGAAUUAGAUAGAAGAAAUUGUGGUGUAGAAAUUAUUGAAUAAAUCAAUGUUGUCAGACAAUAAAUUAAAGAAGAAAGAAAAAAUCAAGCAGAACAAACCGUUAGGAAUUCAUAUGUAUAAAUGCAAAAUCAAAUGGAUAAAAGUAGUUUAAUUCUGAAACAAAAACUAUAAGAAAAAGAACUAUGUAUAUAUGUUAUCUGAUUUAAUAUAGAACUUGAAUCUAUGGAGUUGGAGUAUAAAUGUCAAAUAUAAUAAUAAUAACAAAUAAUUAACCAUCUUAAUAUAUAAAUUGAAGAAGUUAAAGAUUGUAAUUAUUGUUCAUUAUUCAAAUAGAUAAUCAGGAAUAAAUUUUCUGUUUGACUCAAAAGAAUCAAUAACUACUCAAUCUUAUUUAAGACUUGAACAACUAAAUUGCAGAAUUAAAAUAAAGUAUCCUUUUAAAUGAUAUUUUAGUUUUGGAGCAUUAUCAAAACGAAGAAUUCAAAUAUCAAAAUAAUAAUAACAGUAAUAAUUUGCAUUAUUUUAAAAAGGUUCUAUAAGAGUAUCUUAAAACUCUCAAAUGCUUUAGAAUAUCAAGAAACUUGGAAGCCAAGACUACAAUCAUACAAUUGAAUCUAUGGAUUAAUGCUAAUUUGAAACUUUGGCUUCUGAAGUCAAAUAUCAAGAAACUUGUGAAAAUUUUGAUGAAGAAAUUCUUUUGGGAUCUUAUAAUUAAUGUUCAGAAUCUAAAGGUAUACAAAUAUCCAAAUUAUAGAUUUGUAAUCCCCCAUCAAAAUUUAAGAUCAAAAAAUAAAUCCAAAUUAAAUUAAUGAAUUGACUUUUACAAUUGAAGAAUUAAAAGAGCAACUUCAAAGUAACAUAUCAUAUUUAGUUAGACUUGUAGUUUGAAAAACAAAGAUUAAUUGACAAUUUGAAAGAGAACCAAGAAAAUUUUGAUUCAAUUAUACUAAAUACUUAACAAAAUUAGAAUAAUUUAAAUAAUUAAAUUAAUGAUUUGAUUCAAUCAAACUAAGGUAUAGAUAUACAUAAUAUAUAUAUUUAGAACUAUUUACUAAAGAGUAAAUCCUUUAGACAUAGGUUUAAGAAUAAAUAAAUCAAAUAGAAAUACUUACUGGAUAACUAGUAACAUCUAAAUAGUUAUUAAAUAAAAAUGAUGAAACUAUUUCUAAAUUUAAACAAGAAUAAGAAAUCACAAAAUCUUAAAUUCUAUUAUUUAAAGAAUAACUUGAAAUUAUUCCUAAAUUAGAAUAAGAAAUUAAGCAUCAUUAAUUAAUAAUUUAGGAUUAUGAAAACCAAAUACUUAGUUCUACUGUAAAAAGAUCAGAAUUAGAUGAUAAGCUAAAUUAAUAGCAUAUUAAUCAAGAGAAAUUUAAAACAUGUGAGUUGGAUUUAACAAAAUUAAUAUAAGAUUUAAAUUCUUAAUUAACUGAAUUUUAAAUAAAAUACUAAGUAUUAGAAUAAGAAAAUAUUAAAUAAUAAUAAUAGAUUAUCCUUUUAAAUGAAUAAAAAAAUAAGUAAUAAUUAUAAUUUGAGGAUUUAAAAUAAAAAUAUUGUCAAAUUUAAUAGGAUAAAAUAGAAUAAGGAUUUUAUAAGGAAAAAGAGGAAGAUGUGACUAAAUAAUCUGAAUGUAAUUAUAAUUAUAAUGAAUUUUUAGAGAAUAAAAUUUAAAAUUAUAAUCUUUAAAGUGAGAUAAAUUAAUUGAAAAUAGAUAAAGAAGAAUUAAUUAAAUAAAACAAUAGUAAGGAUUUAUUAAUACAAUUAUAAUAAUAAUUGGAGAAUCAAUAUAAAGGUACACUAUAAUUAUUGAGACUCUAGUUCUUGAAGAAUAACAUAAAAAUGCUAAAAAAUAAUAUUAGGAUGAAUGUAAUAAAAUUACAGAAUAUUACAAACAAGAAAUCAAAUUAAUGUAAGAAUAAUUGAUAAGAAAUUCAGAAAAUAUCAAAUAAUAUUCACCUGUAAAUGAUAUAUCAUAAGAUGAUAAAUAUAAAGAAUAUAUUAAUAGAUUAAAUGAUGAACUUAGAUAAAGCAAACUAUAAAUUGCACAAUCAUCUACUAUUAAUAAUUAAUUAAAGUAAUAAUAAAAGGAUUUGGUAUUGAAGUUAUAAAGUAUGUUAAAAUUGACUCCAGCAGUCGAUUAAGAUUUAAAUGAUUUGAUUUUAAUAAUUGAAAGCAAUUUAUCAAGUUGUCAAAGCAGUCCUGUUAGACAAUCGUUUAAAAGAACUAGUAUGAUAGAUACAACAAAAAUGCUUAUGAAUAAAUCAAGACUCUCAUUUGGUUCUAAUAGAGGAUCAGUUUAGGUUUCUUAGAAAUAAUUAUCAGACAAUGGAUAUAGAAAUAGUUUAAAUAUCUAGAAGGUUCCAUAGAGUAGUCAAAGUAAUACAGAUUUGUAGAAAAUUCUGGAUGAUGUUUCGGAUUAGGAUAUCAUUUAAUAAUGA